UAGAAAUUAUAGAAAUUAUGAAGUGUUACAAAUGCAAAACGAUUUAAUAAUUUAGAGAGUUCUGUUGUUAGCACCAUAUUUUGUGACAGUAUGAGCAUUGCUUAUAUUAAUAUUCAAGUGGUUAUAAAGCGCUAGACUUUUAUUCGGAGGGACAGUGGUUCAAGCCCAGUUGAGGAUUACUUUUUUCUUUCUUUAAUUUUUGUUCUUGUUUUUUUGUCCCCUACCGGUUUCACCGGAUGGGACUUAUGGUUUGCGCUCCGUCUGUCAGUCUGUCACACUAUUCUGGAUCCUGCGAUAACUUUAAACGUUCUUCAUAUUUUUUAAUGAAACUUGAAACAUGGAUAAAUGGCAUUCUGGAGAUUAUGCAUGUCAUUUCAUUUUGUUCCUACGUCAAUAAUUCUGGUUGCUAUGGCAACAAAUAGACUAGAAAUAUUUCUGAAAAUGGUGGUUUUCUGGAUCCUGCGAUAACUUUAAAAGUUCUUCAUAUUUUUUUAUGAAACUUGAAACAUGGAUAGAUGGCAAUAUCGACAUAAUGCACGUCAUUUCAUUUUGUUCCUACGUCAAUUCUGGUUGCUAUGGCAACAAAUAUAAAAAAAUCUGACAAUAGUGGAAUUUCUAACAAUGGUUGAGCCGGUAGGGGACAUAUAUUGCUUGGCAAUAUUCUUGUUUUUACUGGAGCUAUUUAGUACUAAUGUUUACAUUUAUCAAUAAUUUUAAAGCAUUUAUUGACAAUUUCAUCAUCUACAUGUAUAAGGAAAUUCUAAUCAGUUUUGAUGCAGCAUCAUGAUGCGUCUACUCUAAAAUGUAGACAUACAAGCCAUUUUGCAUGUACAUGUAUUGGAAUUUUCUGCGAGAACUCUGUACCAUUUUUAUUUUGAGACCGUCUGCAACUACUUAGUGCUGCUUGCAAUGUUCUGCUGCAGACUUCUGUAAAAACAGGCUUAUGGAUUUUCUGUAUGUGCUUACUUACAUGUGUUCUAAGGCAAGCCAUAUUGUGAUCUUGUUCAAUUACUGUUGUUUAUUCCUUAGUGCUGGCAGGAUUUAGUGUUGAUAUUAACUGAAAUUUAUUGUGAAAGUUUUCAUGGUUAGACCUCAACCCGUUUAUAACAUUGCUUGGUUAUUGUCAUAAGGAUUAAUGGAUUAUGUGAGGAGGAGCUGAAUGCCCCACCCCCUCCAGCUGAUGAUUUCAUCAUUGGUGACCGCGUGUUUGUCAGUGGUUCUAAACCUGGCUACAUUGCAUUCAUUGGUGAGACACAGUUUGCCCCUGGGGAUUGGGCAGGAGUUGUAUUGGACGAGAUGAUUGGAAAGAAUGACGGAGCAGUAAAUGGUGUACGUUAUUUCCAAUGUGAAGCAAAGCGUGGUGUGUUCUGUAGACUUUCUAAGUUAUCAAGGACCCCGGAAAUUACUGGUGCUCAUAGAAAAUCAGAGGACGCCACAUCAGAAAGAUCUGUACCAAUGAAUGGAGAUGAACACAAUGCUGGUCUGCGUCGCCCGACCACACCCAGUUUAUUGCAGCGACCUUCAACCCCCAGUAGGGGUCGGGAAAGCGGGAUCGCCCGGCCAACCACACCCAGUCUUCAUAGGCCAGUUCAUAAAUCACUAUCAAGUUCAAACUCUAGUUUAAGUAAAGGUCCUGUGCCGUUAAAGGCCAGACCUGAACCUGUGACCUCAACUCCCAUGGCUGCGCCUGGAGCCAAGGUGGCCUUGAAAGUCGGUGAUAGGGUAUUAGUUAGUGGAUCAAAACUAGGAACAUUGCGAUAUCUUGGUCCAGCAGAUUUUGCCAAAGGCGAUUGGGUGGGUGUUGAAUUGGAUGACCCAGUUGGAAAAAAUGACGGAGCUGUUGCUGGUAAAAGAUACUUUGAUUGCCAACCACGCUAUGGAUUAUUCGCGCCUGUUCACAAGGUCACGAAAACGACCGCCCAAACAACUCCAGUGUCUAGCCUCAUGACGCGCUCAAUGGGCAGCACAGGCCUGAGACCGAGUCGUGAGCACAGCGGGAGCCAAGAGUCUGUGAGCUCGCUGAGUUCAGCAACGUCUAGUGCCUCUCGGCCGCGGGUAAGACUCGGAGUGUCCGGCCUCGGGAGCAGUCAGCCGACCCCUGGGUCCCGGACUGGCCAGCGACCUGGCUCUCUUAAUAUCACGGCCACCACGUCCGCUCUGCAGAAAGCCUUGAAAGAAAAGGAGGAGCACAUAGAGCAGUUGCUACGGGAACGUGACCUUGAGAGGUCAGAGGUUGCAAGGGCGGCUGCCCAGGUGGACGAGGCUCAGGGUCAGCUGACCCACAUCAAGGUGGAGAAAGAACGUUUGCAGGAAGAAUCUGAGGAGAAUAUACAGCACCUGAGGUCCACCAUACAGAGUCUGCUGUCUGAGAAACAUGAGCUGGUACUGAGGUUGGAGGACGAAAAGAGGAAAGUUGAAGACUUGCAGUUCCAGAUUGAGGAGGAGGUGAUUAGCAAGGAUGAUCUGGAGAGUAAAACAGAGGCAGAGGAGGCAAGGGUUAGAGAGCUGGAGAAAAACUUGAAGAGAGAAAGAGAGAGGGCUGAAAAGCUGGAAACUGAGGUCAUAUCUCUUAAGAUGAUGACUGACAAACAUGAGGCAGAGCUGAGAGAGAUGGAGGAGACCCAAACCUCCUACCUAGACCAGAUAGAGGAGCUCACACACAAACUGUCACAGGCUGAGACACGCAUACAGGAGCAGGACGAGUCCAGGCUGGAAGAGGGGGCCAAGACCAGCCAGGUGAGCAUAGAGCUGGAGGAGAAGGCAGCGAGGGUUUCAGAGCUUGAAGACUACCUGGCCAUGAAGAACAGAGAAGUGAAACAGCUCCAGGAGAAACUGGCAGAAAUGAAAGAUGAACUGGAGACCAGGGGUGCCAAAUUUGAUAAACUUCAGCACAGCUUUGAUGAGUUAAAUGAGAAGUUAAAAGUUGGUGAAACCAAGAGUAAUGAUCUGACUUCUCAAGUUCAGUCUCUGAAGUCACAAAAUGCUGAUAUUCAGAGGCAGUUGACGAGUAGUGAAGAGCGUGCCAAUCAGAUAGUCGAAGAGAAAAAGCAGUUGGAGUUACAGGUCGCAGAAAUGAUGAAAAAUACGGGAGACAACUCUCACCAGCUCUCAAUGUUAAAUGAACAGCUAAGCCAGAAGACUAGAAAACUCGAGGAGCUACAGGGCGACUUGUUGACUUCUACUCAAAAAUGGCACAGCCUCAAUGACCAGCACGAGAGCGCCAUGCGGGCCAAGGGGAGAGAACUGGAGAUGCUACAACAGAAACAUACAGAGGUCCAGUCAUCGCUGGCCGGUGAACUGGAGGACUUGAAAAAGGAACUUGAGAAAUCUAAAGCAAAGCUUGUAUUAUUGGACAAAGACUUUGAGAGUGAGAAAGGUGAGUUAGUGAAACGAAAGGACAACGAGAUUCAUGAGCUAAAGCAGCACCUUGAAGCAGCCCAGAACAAUGCAAGUCAGCAGGAGAUACAGACCCAGGCACACAAACAGGUGCUAGACAAACUCAACUUGGAAAAAGAGGCUAUUGAGUUUGAGCGUGAAAAACUGGAAAAGCAACUGAAGCGCUUGGAAAACGAGCGUGACACAGCCCAUGGUGAGCUGAUAACAGCAAGGGUGGAGGCAGUCAGAGCAGAGGAGAACUACAACACAGCCAUUCAGGAGAAGCAAAAAAUCACAUAUGAGCUGACAGACAUGACAGAGGAGAAGGAGCGGUUGGAGAAACAGCUCACUGAGCUGACAGGUCGCCAGGAAGUUGUUCUGUCGGAUAAGGAGAAAUUAAACAGUGAGCGGGAUACACUACAGAAAGAGGCCAUGGAACACAGGGCUGCUAUACAGCAGAGAGACAUGCUGGUGGAGGAGUUGCAGCGGGAGCUGGAGAAGUUGAGGACAGAGACCUCCCAGCAGCAAUCUACAAUCAGCAGCCUGUCACAACAGACAUCUGACUCCGGCCAGCUGCAAAAGACACUCUGUGAGCAGCAGAUCACCAUUGAGACACUAAGAAAACAAAUGAAAGAAAAGGAGGAUGCGGUUACACAAUGCAAGAAAUCUUUUGAUCAGAGAGAGGAGAAGCUUAAGGAAAUGAAGAUUGAGUUAGAGGACUCUCAAGAGACUGUUACCCUUCUUGAAGAGAACUUGAAAGACCUGGAACGAGAGAGGGACAGUCUCACCUCCAAGCUGCAAGAAGCGUUUGCUGAGAGAAAGGAACAGGACAUGGUCUUGGAACUUAAUAAAAAACUAAAUGAAGAGAUAGAGACAAUAAAGCAAAGACACAGGACAGAGAUGGAGACCAUGAGGUCACUCCACACGGACCUUCAAGAGGAGAUUGACAAUUCCAGCUCCUUGCUGCAACAGAAGGACUCAAACAUUCACAGGCACCUUGCGCAGAUCUCAAACUUGGAGAAAGAAAAUGCCUUGCUCAUGGGUUAUAAAUCAGCAAGUGAAAACAAAGAAUCAGAAAUGUCUGAGCUGCGGGAUAAAGUUAACAAAUUACAAACAAAGCUGAACCAGUCACAGACCAAUGCUAACAUCAUCAACAACAAGGAGGCGGUAUUGAAUUCAACUGAAGGCUCUAAUGACUUUAUGGUGAAGAAAUUGAAGGAAGAAUGUGAGGUUGCUCAAGGACAGGUUGUGUUUCUCAACUCCGUGAUUGUGGACCUACAGAAGAAGAAGGAGGAACUCCAGACCAGACUGGAGGCCAUGGAGAAUGGGGUACACAACGGUCAUGAGGACCCCCAGACUCCAAGUCGUCACGUGGCUGUUCGCAUGUUCUGCGAUAUCUGUGAUGUGUUUGAUUCCCACGAGACUGAGGACUGCCCCAAGCAGGAGAUGAUGGACAGUCCGCCACCCUCCCAGUUCCAUGGCGACCGCCAUCAGGUCCGACCCUACUGUGAUAUCUGUGAAGAGUUCCACCCACCGUGUCCUGUUCUGUCGAAGAAGAAGAUUCUCGAGACUGGGGCAGAGCCUAUCGACUCCACAACUUUGGUUGAGCAUUGGGUGAAACAAGUGGACUCGCUUACGUCUGAAAUGGUCUCCGAGUCUGAGAAGGUGUUUGGGAAUGAUGGAGAGUUUUUCUAUGUCCAGUCUGACGCUGGCUUCCGUGACAGUGGCUAUUAUGACGGAGUGCUGGACUCUAAGCUGCCUGUUGUCAAAUCCUCCAUGACGGCAACAAAAGCGCAUCUCUCAGAUGCAGAAACUGAUGAAAUAAUUGCUGACAUAUCCGAGAAACACAAAGCUGCUUUAAGGUCAAAAAUUUCUUCUAAAGGAAUGGAAAAUCACAAUGAAGAAAAUGACAUUGUUGGUAAGCAUGUCGAAGACACAAACAAUCAUAAGCGACCCCAGUCACUUGAACAAGUCAGUUUUUCCCACAAUAAAUCAGUUUCUUUAAAUAACCAAUACUCUAGACAAACUCCGGCUAGCCUCAAGUCUCCGUCUGACAGCGAGUAUUUGUCCGGUCAGGAGAGUCUGGGCUCCAGUGGCUCUGAAUCACCUAUAGUUGCUAAGGCAACGUCUGAAAUGGAGAGCUCCGUGGAUACAGGAGAGGUUUUUGAGUCUGACAGCCCAGUGGAGUCCGCUCCCAAGCCGUCUGGUGACGUAAUGAGCAGUAGCUUUGACAAAGCUGCAGAGAACUGUGUCAUCUCUUAAGUGAUUAUUCAUAUUGCAUGACAAAGCAGUCUGAAUAUAAAACUGGUAGGUACAGUAUCCAAUAUUUAACGAAACCUGUAAUUGCAUACAAAGGAUCAAAUGCUAAACAUUUGUACCAAACUUGUUCAAUUGUGUGUGCGGCGUUGUAAGAUCAUUUCAGACCAUUAUAUUUUGCGGUGCAAUACUUAAACACAAAGUCCUGUACAUUGCUGUUUGAAAUCAAGCCUUUUCAUAAAACAUAAUUUGGCCAUCUUCAAUUCUUUCUCUCUGGUACGAUCUUUUAUCUAAUACAAAGCCUUGUAUACAGUUUGCAGUUUUUGAUUAUUUUACUGAAGCUCGUUUGUUUACGAAUGUACCAUUUUUAGAAUUGGACGCCACAAUUUCGUUUUUUGUGGAGUUCAAUGCCUAUAUUUCAGCUGUCUUUAGCAAAUGAAGUCAAAAUAAACACAUAAUAUCAGAUUAAUGGGUUAUAAUCACAUCUACCCAGUUAUUGUUGACUCUUGUUUCGUUUUCGUUGAGUCAACUGCACCAGAACUUUGGAGUGUGCAGUUUUCCAGUUUUGAAUGCACCCAAAAUCUAUCUUGACUUAAAUAUUCAAUUGUAUCUUUUGAUAGAUCAAAUGAUUUCGUAUAUUUCUACAAAUGUCAAUCAUUUGAGUCUUGUUCUGAGAACUUUGGGCUUAAUGUAUGUGCGUUAAGUGUCGUCCCAGAUAAGCCUGUGCAGUCCGACUGUCUGCACAGGCUAAUCAGGGACGACACUUUCUGCUUUUAUGGUAUUAGUUUAAAUGAAGUAUCUUAGCAAAAAUCCUAUUUAGGUGAAAUGUGUUUCCCUGAUUAGCCUGAUGAUUGUGCGGACUGCACUAAGAAAAUUUCCUCCUAAAACCUUAGGUGCUUUAUGAAUACCGGCCCAGGUUAAUCUGGGACAAUACUUUACGCACAUGCAUUAUGCCCAGUUUUCUCAGAACAUGACCCAUGUUUAAGUUCUCUUCCCUACCUCUGAUUCCUGUAGGGAAGUUAUAAGUGACUGGCAUUCGUUAGUGCACAUUAUAUAACCUUCUUAGAAUGCUAAUAUUGUCCAGGGGGCUGUUUCAUAAAAGAUCGUACGACAAUUUUAACUUACGAGAGAAUUUUGUAAUCUUUAUAAGUAGAUGAACUAGCUCGCCAUGCUCGUCAAAUAUAUACGGAGCUUGAGAUGCCAACGUAAUAAAUUAAGUACUGAAAAUUAAUAAUCAUAUGAUAUGGACAUUAGCAAUUCUGUAUCUUCAAAAAAUGUAUCGUAUCGUAAAUGUGUACUAAAAUGUUUAUUGAAUCUCCAGGAGUUGGUUAACUGAGCGCUUUAAUAUACUGAUAUACUGUAAGAACAAAUAGACCCAAUGAAUGUGGUGGCUGUAGUGUGGGUACUCUGCAGUAAGCGAUGGCUGUUCCUGUAAGUUUCUGUAUAAUUAUAAAGGUUAUGUGUUUCCUUGCUAUCACUCAUUUGAUAUUGUAAUAAUUUGUAUUUCAAAAUGUUGUUUUGAACAUAAUGUGUAUUGUAUUUAUGUGUAAAUGCUGUAUGAAUAAAGAUGUGAUUAAUAUACAUGUUUAAAUAAAUAAACCUAAAUAAACCUUAUAUAUCAACAUAUAUGAACUAAUAUCCUUGUGUAGAACAUAAUAUAAAUAAAUUAGACACAAGUGUUAUAUUUCUGUGGAAAAUGCAUGUAUGUGUAUUUACAUACCAUGUCUUUGUGUGUCUUUUAUUGGUAAAAAAAUCUGUCUGAAACAAAGUUUGUCAUUAUGCUUUAAUUGUAUUAUCUCUUAAAUAAACAUGCACACAAAACUAAA